AUGACUCACGGUAUGACACAGCACGUUCUCGCUUUUGCAGCUCUUGCAUCAGUAGUCACUGCCCAGUCGGGGGGUAUCCAGACUGGUCUGCGAUAUGGCGAGAACUGGGUGCCCACGAUCAAAGACUCCAGUCUCGUUGCAGCCAAUUUUCCUGAUGUUAACAUCACACUUCGGUCUCCGGCGUUUUUGAACCCAGAAAGAGUCCCCGUUCGUUUCGCCAAUGGCUCAGAAGGGCCGACCGAUGAUAUUGAACUUGACUACUUCAUUAGAAACCUUGCUCAGAAACAUGACUGGAUGUCCUACGAAUCGGCGGUCUUCCAAUCCGAGGAAGGCCGAGCCAUCCCAUAUGUUUUCCUAUCCUUGCCAAGCUCCAACUCGAGCAGCGACAAGCUACGCAUCUACCUCCAAGCCGCCAUCCAUGGCAACGAGCCAGCUGCAGACGAGUCAGUUCUUGCCUUCUUGGGGAAGAUGGAUGCAGAGCCAUCUUGGGCUAAGUCAAUCCUGGAGAAGAUGGAUAUUAAGAUCCUGCCGCGGUACAACGUCGAUGGUGUUGCCUAUUUCCAGCGACAACUCGCGUCGAACCUUGACCCAAACAGAGAGCAUAUCAAGCUCAUGCGCGGGCAAUCCAGAGGGAUCAAGCGUUUGAUUGGCGAAUGGAACCCCCAUAUUGCUAUUGAUAUGCACGAGUUCACCGCACCAACGAUCUACGGCGGACAUUACCAGCACGCUUCGGAUUCUCUCAUCUCAGGCGGCAUUAACCCAAACAUCCAUCCCGACAUUCGUGAUCAACUACUCGAGUUCUUCAUUCCAACUAUUGGAAAGCGUCUUGAAUCUUAUGGCAUCCGCUGGGAGCCUUACGUGACGGGAGCUUCCAACCGCACAGAGGGUUCAAGAAUUCGCUUCACCGAAGCCGUCACCGAGGCACGCACCGGCCGUAACGCCGUUGGCCUGACGCAGACUAUCUCGUUCUUGCUUGAGAUGCGUGGCAUCCGUAUUGCUAACCAGCAUUUACAGCGCCGUGUUGCGACUGCUCUGAUCAAAAUCCAGACUAUACUUGAGCUAGCUCGGGAUAAUGCAGAAAAGGUCAAGGCUGUUGUUGAAGAUUCUCGCCAAGACUUUAUCGACAGUGAUGAGGAUAUCGUCAUCACAGAUUCAUAUGUGCCAGAGAACAGAACCUUUACUAUGGUUGAUACCCGAAACGGCAGCGUUGUUCAAGCCCCCAUUGAUUUCCAGCGGACUACUCCCUCAAUAGCAAACCUCACUCGGUCUCGGCCCGAGGCCUACGUCAUUCCACGGACAUGGUCUGACGUCGCUGAAAGGCUUCAGAUCCUCGGUCUCAAGGUUGAGAAGCUGAACUACGAGUUCUGA